AUGGUUAAAGACUUCCAUCUAUUCCCGGAUCGAACCACAUUCGGUCGAAAUAGUGAUGCGAUUAUGAGUAGAAAUUUGGCUCAAUUGACUGGCGAUGACUGGAAGAGAGUCCGAUCCAUAGUUAGCCCGACAUUCACUUCCGGAAAGAUGAAGAAAAUGUAUCCAAGAAUUAAGGAGUGUUUGACAGACUUUAUGAACCAUUUGGAGGGCUUUGCCGCUAAGAAAGAAGAGGUGAACGUAAAGGACUUGUACGGGAACUACACUAUGGAUGUGAUCGCCACGUGUGCCUUCGCCACCAAAACUGAUGUCCAUAAAGCACUCGAUAACCCAUUUGUAGUAAACGCGAGGAUUACGUUCAAUACAAACCCUGUUAGAAGAAUAGCCCAAAUGAUGUUACCAGGGUUUGUACUAAGAAGGUUAGGGUUGUCCACAUCAACCGCCAGAGACUUCUUCUUGGGAUCCAUUCGUCAGAUCCUCUCAAAUCGACGACAAAAUCAGAAUCAGAAAUACAAUGAUUUCUUACAACUGCUGAUUGAUGUGGAAAAAGCAAAUGACAUCACAAGAGAUGAGAAUGAUAUCAAUGAAUCACAUCAUGUGAACGAAGGUGAGGAAGAGUUGGCGGUCGAGAGGAAAGCCCUGAAUAUAAAUGUUGUGAAUAAGCACUUGACUGAGAAUGAGAUCCUCGCACAGGCUAUGGUUUUCCUUUUGGCCGGGUAUGAGACGACGGGAACAUUGCUUUCAUUUUGUACGUAUGAAUUGGCACUCAAUCCUCACGUCCAGGAAAUACUACACAAAGAAGUAAACUCUGCCAUCGAUUCCAACGGAGAGAUUGAUUAUGAUUUGUUGUCAAGACUUCCGUAUUUGGAUUCAGUCAUCUCAGAAACAUUGAGACUCCACUCCCCGGCCCAACACUUCCAUCUAUUCCCGGAUCGAACCAAAUUCGGUCGAAGUAGUGAUGCGAUUGGGAGCAGAAAUUUGGUUCAAUUGACUGGCGAUGACUGGAAGAGAGUCCGAUCCAUAGUUAGCCCGACAUUCACUUCCGGAAAGAUGAAGAAAAUGUAUCCAAGAAUUAAGGAGUUUAGCCCGACAUUCACUUCCGGAAAGAUGAAGAAAAUGUAUCCAAGAAUUAAGGAGUGUUUGACAGACUUUAUGAACCAUUUGGAGGGCUUUGCCGCUAAGAAAGAAGAGGUGAACGUAAAGGACUUGUACGGGAACUACACUAUGGAUGUGAUCGCCACGUGUGCCUUCGCCACCAAA